AUGGACACUCCGGACGGUCCGAAUUUGGAACGAGAUGUGCAACGGAUCUUGGAGUUGAUGGAGCACGUGCAAAAGACGGGAGAAGUGAACAAUCCGAAGCUCGCUUCCCUGCAGCAAGUGCUUCAAUCCGAAUUUUUCGGAGCCGUCCGAGAGGUCUACGAGACUGUCUACGAGUCGAUCGAUGCGGAUGCCACUCCAGAUGUGAGUCAUAUUUAUUCAUUGCAAAUUUCUAUGAGUUUUCAUUCUCAGACCAAAGCAGCCGCAACUGCAAAAGCAACGGUGGCGGCGUUCGCAGCAGCCGAAGGACACGCCCAUCCACGGAUCAUCGAGCUGCCGAAGACGGAUCAGGGGCUCGGAUUCAAUGUGAUGGGAGGAAAAGAACAGAAUUCACCCAUCUACAUUUCCAGGUAAAACCACUGCAAGUAAUAGUUCAAAUUUACUUUUUCGCAGAAUAAUUCCCGGAGGGGUAGCUGAUCGACACGGCGGACUGAAGAGAGGAGACCAGUUGAUUGCUGUGAAUGGAGUUGUAGGAGUUCCAUAUUCGAUUGGCCGAGACUAGAAUUUCAAUUCCAGAACGUGGAGAGUGAAUGCCACGAAAAAGCGGUCGAUCUUCUCAAAUCCGCAGUCGGAAGUGUGAAGCUGGUCGUCCGUUACAUGCCCAAAUUGCUCGAUGAGAUGGAAAGGCGGUUCGAACGCCAACGUCUCCGAUCCACUCAGCAGAGUCCGACUCUCCCGACGCCCUCUGCUUCUAGAAGAUAA